AUGUAUAUGAUACAUACUCUACUUGUCAUUGCAAUGGCUUAUUCAUAUACUGCAGCCUAUCCUCCUAGAUCAACUCCAACUAUAUAUGCAGAUUCCUCACUAGCCAACAAUCAGGCCAAUUCGACAUCUGGAACAUUCAGUCCAGCUCAAGGCAAAAGACGCAUGCUUUCUCGUGAAAUAACACCACCAGAUACCGAUCGAACAGUGACAAAUCGUAUUAGGUGUCCUACACCACUUUCAGAGUCUUUUGCAGCUCAAAUGAAUCUUACGCCAGCAAAGAUUGCCGAGAUUCGCCAACAAGAGCAAAAGCAAUGCGAGUUUAUUCAAUUUGUUAACCAAUUCUAUCCUUCCUAUGUGUCUACAGGUGCACUCCAACCCAAAGACAACAAGGUUUUUCAUGCUGUAGGGGAGCAAGAAAAGGCAAUGAGUUUGGCUCAAACAGAUGCUCUGAUUUCGCAGUUUGAAGAAUUCCAAAAGUUUGGAUAA